CAGAGUGCCUCUGUUGCCUUGCAGGCUGCACUGUGUUAAGACGGUCGCCGUGUUCGAAUUCGCGCAGGGGAGGGUGUGCGGCUUCGUUCUCACGUCUCAUAUGAUGUAUGAAUCGCUCCGCGUGUCCCGGUUUCGCAGUUGAGUCGCUGCACUUCAAGCCGUUGCGUGCUACUUAUUUUUUUUGUGAAGAAAAAGUAGGCGACGUGAAAUAUUUGGAAGGGUGUGAUCCGCAGGGAAAACUCUGAGUCUGCCAGAAUGUCGACGCGACGUUUGUUUUACUCCUGUCAGCUUGCACUGCUUCACAGUGCUCUCACCGUCCGCGCAAUGGUGGAUCUGGAGUCUCUGAUGUCUUCCAUCAACGCCUACAAGGAGGGCCAAGACACCUGCGCGUCCUGCGUCGCGGCCGGGAAGGAGUGGUGCCUCGUUUGGGACGCGUGCGACGUGGACGAAUGCGAAGAAGAGGACGUGAUCAUCCAGGACUGCGCUUCCGUCGACAUUCUCCCCAAGCGACCAGAACUAGCCCCUGGGGUUUUAGUUGAGGUGUUGCCGCCGCGGGAGGAAUUCUUUCUUGAAGGAGAAACAGAGAAGUUUGUGCAACAGAUGCGCGAAAUGGACGACUUUUUGUUACCGGAAAAUGCAACUCUAAAACCUCCGGUUGGGGAUCAGGAAGCUAGUGGAAGCACGAUCCACCAGCAAAACGCUACGACUCCCGCUCAUCUAUCCACCUUCGAGAGGUUUGGAUUCGACGAAGCAGCAGUGUCAUCUGCGAACAAAACAAACGCAGCCCCAAUUAUAGGAGUAGUGGUGCGUGCCUACCACACGCUCGAUGAGUUUACUGUGCGUGACGACGCUGGAUUUGAAAUCAAGCACAGACUGCGUCACGGGCCGGUGACGAAUCCGCAGAAAUUUAACGACCAGCCGUAUGGUGGGGUACAGGAAAAAGAGCCGGUGUACUUCCGCUCGAGGUACGUGCCUGCUAGCUUUGAGUUCUAUUGAUCAUGAUUCUACUACAUACGUUGUUUCUUUUGCUGCGCAGUGAUGAAUUCUUUACCACACUGACACUAAAAAACAGCGAGCUCCGAGUGCUGUCUUCCGUCCGCAAAGGCGACCGGGUCCGUGGGCGGUUUUGGACGCGGAAAAGUAGACCAAGUGUGCGCGUAGAGGAGGCGGAAGUAUUGAACAGCACGGACGUUCACCAAGUUCGGCUCAGAUAUCUUGAAGACGAUACCGACGCGUACGUGCCGAGGACGUUCGUUCUGGGUCUGUCGGCGACAGAUAGCAACGGGUCCUUGUUGAGUAGCACCGCGGACAGUAGGGACGCACUGCCUGACGUUGACAGCAAUGCAUCGUGUCCUGUUGACCCAUCGGGGCUGGACACUUUGGGGCAGCGGGGGAACAGUAAAUGCGUUGCGGCUUUACCUGUGAUCGAAUGAUUCAUAAGUUUCUUGAGAUGCAACAUCUAGUGACACGCAGUUGAUUGGUUUCAACUUUGCGACACAUCUAAAGAUUCAAAGUCAAAAACGAAAUCUAAGGAAAUUUGAUCGAUUUCAACUCGUUCGUCGAACAACAAUUUAUUACACACAGG